AUGCCCCUGCUGCCCGGCACCGUGGGCCUGGCAGGCCUGCUCUUCUGGGUUGGCCAGACAAUGAACGCCUUGAUGCCCAAUGCCACCCCGACACUGGCCCAGGCCGAGGGCACAGCUGUGCGACCCCUGACUGGCCUGGGGGUGCCCCGGUACCGGCGGAAGGGCCACAUCUCUGCCCGGGACAUGAGUGCCUUAUUGGAUUAUCACAACCACAUCCGGGCCAGCGUGCACCCACCUGCCGCCAACAUGGAGUAUAUGGUCUGGGACGAGCGGCUGGCCAGGUCUGCUGAGGCCUGGGCCACCCAGUGCGUUUGGGCCCACGGGCCCUCACAGCUGAUGAGAUACGUGGGCCAGAACCUGUCCAUCCAUUCUGGCCGGUACCGCUCGGUGGUGGAUCUCAUGAAGUCUUGGUCUGAGGAGAAGCGGCAUUACUUGUUUCCGGCCCCGAAGGACUGUACCCCGCGCUGCCCCUGGCGCUGCAGUGGGCCUGUGUGCUCUCACUAUACCCAGAUGGUGUGGGCAUCUUCCAAUCGGCUGGGCUGUGCCAUCCACACCUGUGGCAGCAUCCAUGUCUUGGGCAGCACCUGGCACCAGGCUGUGUACCUGGUCUGCAACUACGCCAUUAAGGGCAACUGGAUCGGCGAGGCGCCAUACAAGAUGGGGAGGCCGUGUUCUGCCUGCCCUCCCAGCUACCAAGGCAGCUGCAACAGCAAUAUGUGCUUCUAGGGGCUCAAAUCCAACAGGCUCCUGUGGUUCUGAAUUUUCCCUGGGCUCUGGCAGGGCUCCAGCUGGGCCUGACCCUCCAAGAGUCCCUUCCCAAAGACCGGGUCAAGCGAUUUUUUUUUUUAAGGACAUGAGUUGGGCUUUCUUCACCAGUCUGAAUUUUCCCUCCUGAUUCCAUUUCCUAAAUGUCCAGCAUGUGCCAGAAGAAAACAACCUCCUUGCCUUCCUUCUUAUCUGUUACAUCUUCUUUUCCUCCGGCCUCCGGGAAAGAGGCCUGCAUCUUUAAUUGACUCAGUCCUCCCAGAGCCAGGGCUGGAAGGAGAAGUGGCAGCAGUUUUGUGA